AUGGUCUCGCAGAAAAGCAUCCGCUGGCCAAAUCCCACACUCCCAGAUAGCGUGUUCAAGAUGUUCGACAUGCACGGCAAAGUGGUCAUCAUUACCGGCGGAUCGGGGGGCAUUGGCUACCAGGUCGGACGUGGCCUCGCAGAAGCUGGCGCGGAUAUCGCCCUCUGGUACAACACCUCGACGCAGGCGGACAGUCUUGCAGCGACGAUAGCCAAGGAUUUCGGCGUGCGGUGCAAGGCGUACAAAUGCGCGGUGCAGAACUUCGACGAGGUCCAAGCCACAACGGACGCGGUCCUCAAAGACUUUGGCCGUCUGGACGUCAUGAUUGCGAAUGCGGGCAUCCCGUCUAAGGCUGGCGGGUUGGACGACAAGCUGGAGAACUGGCACAAGGUGGUGGAUGUCGAUUUUUCUGGCGCGUAUUACUGCGCGCGUGUUGCGGGAGAAAUUUUCCGGAAGCAGGGAUCAGGAAAUCUCAUCUUCACGGCUUCUAUGUCUGGGCACGUGGCCAAUGUGCCGCAGCAGCAGGCUUGUUACAAUGCCUGCAAGGCGGGCGUCAUCCACCUCGCCAAAUCACUGGCGGUCGAGUGGGCGGGCUUUGCUCGGGUCAACGUAGUCAGCCCAGGCUACAUCGACACGCCCAUCAGCGGCGACUGUCCGCCUGAAAUGAAGGAGGAGUGGUACUCUCUGACGCCGAUGAGACGGGACGCGGAUCCGCGGGAGCUGAAGGGCGUCUAUCUCUAUCUGGCGAGUGACGCCAGCACCUACACGACAGGUGCGGAUAUUGUUGUCGACGGGGGUUAUACUUGCAGGUAA